CCGCCAUAUUACUGCUUUUUCUUCCCAAAUAUGAUGAUGAUCAUCACGUUCCCACUGGGCAAGGAACAAUAAAAUGCCACAAUGCCACAAUGCCAAGAAGGGGCAGUGCUUUUUGCUACGCCGCAGCACGGGUGAUAUACACCACUCCUGACAACAAAGUCUGGGUCAAAUGUGCAAUUGACGUCGUUGUCUCCACCACCCCCCGGAAACAAAGCUCCGUGCAGCAUGGCCAUUUACGCAGCCCACUCCCUCGCACUCUGCAUCCCGGCAAUAUUCGCUACCGGCGAGGUCGCUUUAGGUCAGGUAUAGAACAUACCAAGAAGAAUGGAUGACUCGUUAUGGCUCCAUCCCAUCGUAUGCCCGUGCCGUCUGGUAUAACCCUGUGGGUAUCAUCGAGUCUAUUCUUAUUUUGUAUCCUCACCAUCACACUUUCUGCGGACACUAAUUAUCUGUUUGAUCGCCCAGUGCAUUCUGCCGUUUUCUCUUGCUUUAUUGCUGGAGUAAGCCUGCUGGGUUUGGCUAAAUUCGCACCCUAUAUAUUUGAUCACAAUCUAUCCCCCGAAAACAUUGACACCAUCUACUUACCGGAAGUCACCAAACAGCCAUUGUCUUGGUCGUAUCCUACCGGUUUCGCAUUUGCCAACGGAAAUGGAGGAGCGAAAGACUUCCGUGACUACAAACGUUGGGUUUUGCCCUUCGCGGUAUGCGUUUUGCUGAGUAUCAGGGUCGAAUUAUUUCGCCAAGCGGUUCUUAAUGACCAAUGCGCUUCGGCAAAAUAUGAAUAUGCCAUUCCUCUUCUUAUCUCAAUAUUCGAUUACAUCCGAAUCCUGUGGAAAAGCUGUUCUCACUUUGAGACUCCCAGAAGAAUCGCUAUUUCGAAAACGGGAUACCCGAUAAUAAACGGCAGCGUACUCUAUUUAGUAUCCGCAGCAAUUCUUACCCUGGCUGGAAUAGCAUCGUCCUCGAUAAUAAUCAAUCGUCGUUCCACCUACAUUUGCCCUACGUUCAACCAUGGAGCCUUCCACACGCAGAUCGUUAAACUUGCUUCUAUUUCGCUAGAUACUCUCUUUUUGAUUGGGGCGGCCGAAGUUGUUCACCGAAAACAAGGCAAAGAUUGGGCAAAGUCUACCCUUCAGUUUUCUGGGACUGUGCUACUUGGAGUUGUCGCGUUGUGGGUACUAGUUGGUAUUGCGGCAUAUCCAAUCCAGUCAGAAUAUCGAAGGUAUCUAGUAUUCGCGACACUGAAAUACUACCAUGUAGUCCUAUUUCAGGCUGUUCUAUUGACUCUGCUAUUCAUCACUUUCCUCAUCAUACUUCCUCGAUUUGGCCUACUUGACCUAUCUCUUUUCGUGUCAUUUUUGGUUCUCGGACUUACUUUAACACGUUCUAUGAUUGUUGAGAUUCCCCCCUUUAUUCAAAUUUCUAUUUCAACCGUUACAUUUAUCUUCUUCGCCCUAACUGUUGCAAGUUCCUUGUUUUUGAGUGCUAGUGCAAUAUUCGAGGUAGAGUCGAAAUUCACACAGACCAUGAAACUAUGGUCAUUUAAAAUGCUGCUAGUCCUUUGUGCAGGUGGCUUACUCUCGAUGCUCAUCCUGAAAAGCCAAUCACAAAUAUUACCAAUCGAUGUUCUCAUUAGAGAUGGCAAAUCCCGGCAUGAUCUAUAUUUAACGCAGGCCAAGGUUAGCCAAGAUUUAGAAGGCGCUAUUUUGGAGUACAAAAGGCGAUAUAAACAAUAUCCACCACCUGGGUUUGAUAAGUGGUAUGAAUUUGCGACUAGCAGAAACUCCCAGUUCAUCGACGACUUCGAUCAGAUAUUUUCUAACCUACUACCAUUUCGAGCAAUUUCUCCACGCAACUUACGACAACUGACACAUCGAAUUGCAACCAAUCCAUCCAGCGAUGUUGGUGCAAUUCGUAUUAGAAAUGGAUCUGCGCGCAAUCAAGAAGGCAUAAAACCUACUCAUGCGUGGAUGAUUAAUGCGGCAGUGCAUAUGAUAAAUGGAUUUGCUGAGCAUCUUCCUGACAUGGACAUCUUGCUCAAUCUCAAUGAUGAACCUCGAAUCGCUGUCCCGUACGACGUAAUGUCAGACUUGAGAAUUUUAGCUGAGCCUAUCGGCCUCACUGAGUCCCCUAUCACCAACAACUGGUCUGAAAAUCGAGAUUCCGAGUGGGAUCCGAUAGAGCCUGCGGAUAUGACACGCGGCACCCUCUUCACUGACUAUGCCAUAUCCAAUAUCUGGGAUAUAGCCAAUCAGAUCUGCCCACCGUCAUCAAAGUCCAGAUCUACACGUGCUUGGAGUCAUCACGAUCUAUGCCUAGAUUGUCUCAAACCACAUUCUCUAGAACAAUUUGUGUCGGACUGGGAGCUUGCAGGUGAUAUUUGUCACCAGCCUGAUCUAGGGCAUCUGCAUGGGUUUUUUAUAGGCCCUGCUUCUUGGAAGAUGUCACAACAACUUCUUCCUCUUUUCAGCCAGAGCAGUAUACGGGGCUUUGGGGACAUCAUGUUUCCGAGUCCGUGGAACUAUAUUGAUAAAGUUAAAUAUGAGCCAUCAUUUGAAUAUCCAGACGCGCCUUAUCUGGAAAAGAAAAACGCCUUGUUUUGGAUUGGGUCUACUUCGGAAGGUAUCAGCGUCGAUGGUGAAUGGCAGGGAAUGACACGUCAACGAUUUACACACCUCGUGAACAACAACACUGCAAACCCUGUAACAAUAUUAACUCAUCCAGGGUCCGAUAAAAAGGGUUACAAAUACCAGGUGCAAGACGGGAGCGCGCCGGGAGAGAGACUUGGCCUCCAAGCUAACGUCCACCUUUCCGACGUCGUUCGAUGCGACGACUGCCAGGCCCAAAGAAAAGAAUUAGGUGGAAGUGGCGCAGCAGAACUUAUCGAUUUCCAGGGCCACUGGCAGUACCGAUACCUAUUUGAUAUGGACGGAGCGGGGUUCAGUGGCCGUUUCCAUGCAUUUCUGCAGAGUCAUAGUCUGCCAUUCAAAACGGGGCUGUUUAGACAAUGGUUUGACUCGCGGCUUACUCCCUGGCGACAUUUUGUGCCUCAGGAUAUACGGCUACAUGACUUUUGGUCUACACUGGCUUAUUUUGCAGGGAUCAGUAUUACUCAAGACACAUCCGGUGGGCCGAAGAAGGUCGUUUUGAUGGAGGCACAUGACAAUGAAGGCUCGUAUAUCGCGGAGCAAGGCCGGGAGUGGGCACAAAGAAGUCUGCGAAAGGAAGACAUGGAAAUAUACUUUUUCAGGCUCUUGCUUGAGUGGGGACGUUUGACGGAUGAUCAAAGGGAUCAAUUAGGAUUUCAACUAUAAUCUAUACUUAGAACUUGUUACUAGAUUCCGCUUGUCAUAAUUCUUGAACGCCGAGUGCUGACCUGACUGGUGUUUUGUUCCAAUGCAUUUAAUUCAAUAAUUUAAUAAUUUAAUUCUAAUAUGUAGCCUAGAUUGAAAGUAAAAUUGAACUUUUGAAUCUAUCAAUUCUAGUAACGCGUCAAAUAGAUGGUAUC